AUGGGGAAUACCGGAAGCAUCAACCGGCGGCAACACCACCACCAGCACCACAACCAAAACCACCACCUCUCUCACCACCACCACCGGCAUUCCAAUCGCCACCACCGUCCUCCUCCACCGCCGCCGCCGCCUCAGGUCACCACAAGCCAAUACGUUUUCGCGGCACCGUCUCAGUACCCCAACCCUAAUUUGCCGCCGCCACCUCCCUACUAUCCCCACCACCACCACCACCACCAUCCUCCUCCUCAAUCUCAUCACGGCUAUUACCCCUCGCCGCCGGCGCCCCCGCAAAAUUACCCGCGCUACCCUUAUGGCCCCCUCCCGCCGCCGCCCGCGCCGUACGUCGAGCACCAGAAGGCCGUGACGAUCAGGAACGACGUCAACGUCAAGAAGGAGACGAUUCGGAUCGAGGAGGAUGAGGAGAAUCCCGGUAGUUUCCUCGUCGCUUUCACCUUCGACGCCACCGUUCGCUGCAGCAUCACGGUGGUGUUCUUUGCGAAGGAGAGCGAGGACUGCAAUCUCGUAGCGACGAGGGAAGACGUGUUCAAGCCGGUGACGAUGUCGUUCGAGCAAGGUCUAGGGCAGAAAUUCAAGCAACCUUGUGGAACUGGAAUCGAUUUCUCCAAGUUCGACGAGGCGCAGCUGAAGAAGGCGAGCGAUGAAGGGGUCUACCCUUUAGUGCUCAAGGCUGAGGCUUGCCCGUCGGCCGCCACCGCCGAGGGGUCGGAAGCUAGUAACAAGAAUGGGAAUUCGCAGAUCACGUUGGCGAUCUUCGAUUGGAAGGAGAAGGGUGAUGGUUACCAUGCUCGAGUUAUGAAGCAGAUUCUGUGGGUGAGCAAUACCAGAUACGAGUUGCAGGAGAUUUAUGGGAUUGAGAAUUCGAUGGAAGUUGAAUCCGGCGGGGAUGAGAGUGGGAAAGAAUGUGUUAUCUGCUUGUCGGAACCUCGAGACACCACCGUUCUUCCUUGCCGCCACAUGUGCAUGUGCAGCGGAUGUGCGAAGGUGUUGCAGUUUCAGACGACAAAGUGCCCGAUCUGCAGGCAACCGGUGGAGCGGCUCCUGGAAAUCAAAGUGAAUGAUGUCGUACCAGAGAGUUGAGACACCAGGAAACGGUGGUUUAUGAUCUGAUCCCUGCAGGCAAGCAAACAAUCCAGUGGGAUUGUAGUUGUAAAGUUUGAAGAUCACUCUCUUUUUUCGCUUUGUGGUUUGAAGAACAGAUUCUGUUUUCGGAUCACUCUCCAACAAGGCGAAGUUACUUGGGGAGUGUAUAAAAAAGAAGGAAAGGGGCUUUUGUAUACCCUCUUUUGACUGUGCUGUAAAUGCAAAUCUCACAUGAAUUGCAAGGUAACUAUAUAUACAUGUAUUAUGCUUGGUUCUCAAACAAUGGUAGGAGCUUUUCUCUCUUUUACCCUCUCAAUGAA